UGCCAGAGACAAAAACUGUUUUUGCUCUGUGAGAUCCAUGUUUCCUGUUUAGUUUUCAGGGAGACUGGUAGCUGUCGUGUGUUGGAGUCCCCCUUUAUGUCUUCCCUCCCCUUUCCAACCCUCCCUCCUUUCCAUCUCCUCUUCUGUGCUCUAUAUGUGGCUCAUGUGGAAUCUGCUCCAAAUGUUUUCCAUAUUAGUUCAGAGUACUUUCUGUUUCCGAAAAGCAGGUAUCGCGUAGGGAGCGAAGCCUCCAGUGAGGAGGGAGGGGAAGGGCAGGGCACGGGAACAGUCCAGCUAAAGGUAGCAAAAGAAACGGCAGACAAGAAAGAAAAGGAAGGACAAACAGAUAGAGGGCGAGUGCAAGAACGUCCAGUCGGCCUCAAAGGAAGAUUAAGAAUCUCAUCACGAGACAGGAGGAAUUAUGGGGUCGGGGACGAGUCCGAUGAGGUCGGCUGGAGGAGGCAAUGCAAAUGCUGGCACGGAGAAGAAGGGACAAGCAGAAACUGGAAGCCCAGUGCUGGAGGAAGCCCAAAAGUGUUGUGGCUGCCGCUUUCCUUUGCUGGUCGCUCUGUUACAGCUUUUGCUGGGCAUCGCAGUAGCUGUUGUGGCCUUCCUCAUGGUUGCCAUUAGCUCCUCUCUGCUGGCCAGGGAGACGCCCCAUUGGGCCGGCAUCAUUAUGAUUGUGGUGUCUCUGCUGGGAUUCAUCCUCUUCUGCAUCACCAGAGUGCCUGAUGAAAGAGCAUCAGCUCAGUUUAUUGUAAAGCUCCUGUACUUCUUCCUGUGCACGAUGGGGCUGGUCAUUUCCGCAGUGGUCAUCGCCUUCCAGUGCUACCAUUAUGCCCUGACUUACAGCUACAGCUGCAAGGAAAUGGGGGAGCAUUGUACGUGUACCCUGGACCCUGAGGAUCCCAUCGCCCGCACUUUUUCCUACAGCGGUGUGACAGACUGCAGUGCCAUCGUAAGCACUCUACCCAUGUAUUACCUUCUGCAGAUGGUGCUGAACCUGGCUCAGGCUAUCGUCUGCCUGGUGGGAGCCUUCCUCAUAUGGAAGCACAGGUACCAGGUGUUUUUCGCUGGGCUACAGACGGGAUCUCCUUCUGCCCAGACUUGGCAGAAAGUUUAGGGAACUGAGAGAUUUCUCUGGAGAAGUAAACAUGUGGAGCCUGGGAGUGUUUGUGCCUUUAGGGAAGAAACAGUUUGCUGCAAUAUCUGCCCCACUGGGAGUUUUAUGCCAUGUGACCUUUUAUCAAAGCAGCCGAAUGACUCUGUGUUUGAAUUGCGAUAUUAUAAUAUUUUGGAAAGUUUUAUGCAACCUUUAGCAUUAUUGUAGCUUUCUACAUUGGCUGUUUGAAAAUUUCCACUUGUUGAAGUGAACUUUUUACUUUUUACACCACUGCCAAGGAGAGUCUUUUUAUUUAUAAAACCAGUAAAUGGCACAAAACGAGACAUGACAUUUUAGAAAAAUGAGCGACACAAUGUGUUGUUGUGGUUGUUCUUGUUGUGGCGAUGCCAUGCCUAAAAAUUUCUUUAACUGCCAGCAUUAAAUUUUACGUAGUCCAAAAAAAAAAAACACGUUUAAAAUGCAAUUAUUCACAAAUUGACCUUUUUCUAACUUCAGGUGCAUUCAUUGUUUCUGAGACAAAACUCCUGAUUGUUCAAUUACUGUUGGGGUUAUUAAAAUAUUUUACAAUUAUGCAAUAUACAGUGUAUUAUAUUAGAUUUCAUAUUUGCAUUUUUAUUAUGUGAAACAUUAUCUAUUGUUGAAUGCAUAUUUUAGCAAAAUCAAGUAAAAUAUUGGUUUCUAACCUACAUAUCUGAUUUUAUUUAUAUCUUCUAGUUUAUUAAUAAGCAAUAUUAAACACUCAUGAGAAUACAUACAGAAGCAACACUCUUUAAUAUUUCUUAGAUGAAACAUGAUUUCUAAAAUAUAACAUAAAUUAAUAGAAUACAGUACUGCUUUACCUGAAGAACUGUUUAGAGCACUUAAAAACAAAAAGCACUUUGUACACAGCAGUCAGAAAUAAUCGGUGUUUGCAGUGACGAGGCUGGACAGGCUUGUGGACUGAAGUCACAGUUCAUGCAGCCAGUGAACAGCAGUCAGUCAGGGACCGGGGGAACUCAAAGGGGGACUUUGACAAACAGCAGGUCAUUGCCUCCAGAUUCAUGCAAUGCAAGGGGAAAUGGCCUUUAAUCUUUUUUUUUUUUAAAGGUCUAUUGCGUAUUUUAAAUUUGUGGCAAGGUGAAAAUUGAGCAAAUGUAAAGCCUGACAAUCAAACCAAAAAGCUCUGUUUGUUAUCAUUAAGUCCUUGUCAAUGACGCUUGUAAACCAAAUUAAUACAACUGAGUGAUUUGAACACUGCCAACAGGAAGAGAGCUGCCUGAGGUGUUAAAAGAGUCUGUUGCUUUAAAGAGACCUUCAGUCUGGUGUUUGGAAGAGAAGCAACAUGAAAAA